AGCUCAAGGCGUGUAAUCCCAAGGUUCUUUGGCUGCACUUGACAGCCCGGCAUGAUUGGCUCAACAUUUGUGCGUGGAUUGAAGAAUCUGAGCUCAACCAGCCUUUGUGCGGAGAAGCUUGCUGGCCCCCUCUCACUCCAGACGUUAUCGACCGGAACAUGUUGUGCAGCAGCUACAUGAGAAAUGAUAUAUUGAACAAGCUGGCCAGAAAUGGAAUUUUUGUCCCUUCUGAGAUGGAAGAUUUUGAACUUCUGCUCCAAAGACUGUCCUACCUUGGGGGAGUCCUGCAAACCCCUCACCCUGCUCCGAAGCACAGCGCUGCGAGUGGCUUGGACUUCCACACUCGUUUUGUCCUUCACUGCUUAGAGCACAAUCUGCAGUAUCUGUUGUACACUUAUCUGGAUUAUUACAGUUUAACUCCUUCCAGUUGCCCUAUCUUGGAUAACAAGGAAUUGCACGAGGCACAUCCCUGGUUUGAAUUCCUCGUGCAGUGUCGAGGGGUUGCCAGUAAUCCACGAGAUCCAAAGAUGAUUUUCCAGGCCAGUCUCGCGAAUGCUCAGAUCUUGAUUCCCAGUAACCAAGCCAGCGUGAGCAGCAUCCUGCUGGAAGGACGGACGCUGUUAGCGCUCGCCACCACGAUGUACGCGCCCGGAGGUAUCGACCAGGUUCUUCAGAAUGAAGAUACGGAGAAACCCCUGAAGAAGGUUGAUCCACAGCUUUUAAAAAUGGCACUGACGCCUUACCCCAAACUCAAAGCCGCUCUCUUUCCCCCGGGUACUUCUCAUGGAAUUUUGCCACCUGACAUCUCUCUUUACCAUCUUGUCCAGUCGUUAAUGCCCUUCGAUCCCGCUAAACUAUUUGGCUGGCAGUCCACAAACACUCUUGCUGCAUCAGAUGCAUCAAGUGACUUUCCUCAUUUUUCAUCCCCUGAACUGGUGAACAAAUACGCUGUAAUGGAGCGACUGGAUUUUUUGUACUACUUGCACCACGGACGGCCGUCGUUUGCUUUUGGUACAUUUCUGGUGCAGCAGUUAGUAAAGAGCAAAUCCCCCAAGCAGCUGAUUCAGCAGGCGGGCAAGGAAGCCUCUAUUUUAGCUCUGUCUUCCUUCAGUGCACCUUCAGUAGGAGCAGCCUGCGUGUGUUUUCUGGAGUUGCUCGGUCUCAACAGCCUCAAGCUCAGGGUCGAUCUUAAAGUUGCCAACAUGAUUUUUAGUUACAGAACUAGAAGUGAAGAAUCUCAGCACAAUCAAAUAAGAGAGUCUUUGGUGGAGAAGUUAACAAAAUCAGCUGAUGGUGAAAGAACAGCAGCAGCAGCAGUUCUCAUCUCCUUAGAGGAAGCCUUUUGGGAUGCAGUUGAGCAUCAAGGACUAAAGAAGAUAUCUAGUGACUCUAGGAGACAGUGGGCUUUGGUCAUGCAGUUCUGUGAGCUCCACGACAUCGGCCUGAGUACGUCGUACCUUAAAGAGUGUGCCCGGUGCGACGACUGGCUGCAGUUCAUCGUGCAGGCGCAGCUGUACGGCCACCGGCCAGAGGAGGUUAUUCCUAUCCUUCAGGAUUUCACUCCCGUUUUACGAGAUCACUUGAUGCUGGCGUUGGAGAAAUUACCCUUUUCAUGUCCUGAGAACAGCGCUGCCAGCGUGGCCCGGAGCAAAGACGCCGACAGUCUCUUUCAGAUCCUUUUUCAGUGUCAGGAGAGCUCAAACCCUUCGCGUUACCUUUUGGCUGAGGGACUGAGAGAGCACGCUCCCAUCCUGAGCGUUUUAGCAGCGUGUUUCCAAGAUGCAAACAUUAUUGAUUGCCUGUGCGUUUGGAUAAUUACGGCUGUGGAUGAUGCUACCAGGGCUGAAGCCACAAACCAUAUUCAAAGCUCAGCAGAAAAUCACCGCUGGGAUCUUCAUGACCUGUCGGUUAUCUGGAAAGUCUUUUUACGAAAGCAAAAAAGUAAAACGCUUCUAAAUGGCUUUCAGCUCUUCUUGAAGGAUUCCCCCUUACUGCAUAUCCUGGAGAUGUAUGAACUGUGCAUGAACUGUAAAAAAUACAACGAAGCUAAAACCGAACUGGAGAAGUUUCAGGAAGGUCUCACAAGGCUGAAAGCUGAAGAUGAACCGGCUGCUUCCGAGUUCCCUGUGCAGUGGCUGGAAUCCCAAGCGUUGUUUCUUCUGGAACUGAUGAUGCAGCAGUGUAGAACGGAAUAUGAAUUAGGGAAGCUCUUACAGCUGUUUGCUGCAGCGGAUAAUCUUCUACUCAAUGGCCCUUAUGUGAAGAAACUCUGCACCCUCAGCGAGACCCUGAAGGAUUCCUCCAUCUCAAUUAAUCGCUCCAUCCUCACCAGUUACAACAUGGAGACGUUCCAGAGCGAGUGCAGAUCCAUCCUGGAGCAGCUGCAGGAGAAGGGGAUGUUCUCCCUGGCGCGGGACGUCGCGGCGCUCGCUGCGCUGCCCGUGGACAACGUGGUCACACAGGAGGUUCUGCGAGAUCUACGUCAUUUAAGAGACACUGGACGGUGGGAUCAAAUCCAGACGAGAACUGAAUUCUGGAAAAAGUGUGACGAGAGCUUCGUGAAAAAUUCGAUCUCCAGCAAAGCUGCAUCCGAGUUUUUUUUUGACCAGGCAACCACAGCAUUUGAAUCCUUAGCUCAGGAGAAUUUGGACAGCAUUAUGGAGAGACACUUGCUGCUUACCCUUGCUGGCCACUGGCUGGGCCAGGUGUUGCUGCACAAGUUGGAGGAGAUAGAGAAGCAGGUCUGGAUCUGUCGCGUCGCACGGCAAACGUUAUCCCCAGACGAGGGGUCGGGUGAGCCGAGAUUUUCCUCCCAUGUUGUGGCGAGCAGGGAGCUCACCUUCGAAAGCUUAGCAAAGGAGUUUUCUUUUUCAAAGCUGCCUGCUCUGAACACACCAAAGUACUUAAAACUCGAGGCCCUCGCGUUCAAGGAGUCCCAGCAGAGCUUGGCUAAGGAGGAGGAGGAAUCACUGCAGUUUCUGGUCGGCCGCCUCCUCGAGGAAGGCAGCGUGCACGAGGCCAGCCGCGUUUGUCAGUAUUUCCACUUCUACGACCGGGACGUUUCGCUGGUUUUGCAUUGCAGAGCUCUGGCCUCAGGGGAGACCGAUGCGGACAAAUUACACGCGGAUAUUCGGAGUCUCCUUGGAGCCAGAGAGAAGACGUGCGAGAGCAGCACAGCUCAGCAGAGCGGAGUCCCGAGCACAUCAAGCUUAGAAGACCAGACGUACGUUGUAGCUCCAUCUCCAGAUGAUCGAGUCGUUCUCAGCCUGAAGGCUCUCAUAGAGGAAUGUGUGCACGGCAGAAACUACUGCAGACAGGUUCUGUGUUUAUAUGAGCUUUCUAAGGAAUUGAGCUGCUCCUACGGUGAGAUGUCAGCCCAGGACCCCGAAAAAGUGCUUCGAGCGAUUCUGUCGUCCCGCCGGCCUGACCGAUGCAGGAAGGCUCAGGCCUUCAUCACCACGCAGGGGCUCCAGCCUCAAACUGUGGCAGAGCUCGUGGCCGAGGAAAUCAUGCAGGAAUUAUUGGCGUCUUCGGAAGGGAAAGGGCAGAAACAAGUUUUGAACCCCGCGGCGGAGAGCAAGGCCUUCCUGCAGCUCGCUAAGCUCUGCCAGGAUCACACCCUGGUUGGCCUGAAGUUACUGGAUAAAAUUUCCUCUGUGCCACGUGGGGACCUGUCAUGCAUUACAGAAUUGCUGAUUUUGGCCCAUAAUUGCUUCAGUCUGACCUGCCACAUGGAAGGGAUCACCAGGGUCCUCCAGGCGGCACGGCUGCUCACGGAUGAGCACUUGGCACCGAGUGAGGAGUACGGACUUGUGGUUCGUCUUCUCACCGGCAUUGGCAGAUACAAUGAAAUGACCUACAUAUUUGAACUGCUCCACGAGAAACACUACUUUGAAGUGCUCAUGAGAAAGAAAUUAGACCCGAGCGGGACACUGAAGACGGCUCUGCUGGAUUACAUCAAGCGUUGUCGCCCAGGGGACAGUGAAAAGCACAACAUGAUCGCCCUUUGCUUCAGUAUGUGUCGAGAAAUCGGAGAGAAUCACGAGGCUGCCGCUUGCAUCCAGCUCAAACUCAUCGAGUCUCAGCCAUGGGAGGAUUCUCUUCAGGACAUUGCGAAUUUAAAGAAACUGCUGAUGAAGGCUCUGACUCUCUUCAUUGAUGCUGCAGAAAGUUACUCGAAGGACUCCUGCGUCCGUCAGUCGUUGCGCUGCCGCCGGCUGACGAAGCUGAUCACUCUCCAGCUGCAUUUCCUCAACACCGGCCAGAGCACGAUGCUGAUCAACCUCAGCAGGCAGAACCUGAUGGACUCCAUCCUGUCCUUGCCUAGAUUCUACCAGGCAGCUAUUGUGGCUGAGGCGUACGAGUUCGUUCCAGAUUGGGCUGAAAUUCUGUAUCAACAAGUGAUCACCAAGGGAGACUUCACUUACUUGGAAGAAUUUAAACAACAAAGAGCCCUGAAGCCCAGCAUGUUCGAGGAGAUUGCUAAGAAAGUUAAACAACACCCACCCACUGACGCUGCUCUGAAAAACCUAAAGAAACUGCUCACUUACUGUGAAGAUAUCUACACGUACUACAGGCUGGCUUACGAUAACAAGUUCUACGACGUGGUGAACGCGCUGCUGAAGGAUGCGCAGACUGGCUGCUGCCUUAAUGAUAUGUUAUCAAACUAG